GUCAAACCACAUACAGAUUUGCUGGAACACGGACAGGCGUGCGGUAGCCAUGCCGUGAGUGUGAUGGAACUCUACACUGCCGCAGAAAUAUCACGGCAUGACAAAGCAGAUGACCUUUGGGUCAUUAUGGAGAACAAGGUUUAUGACAUUACUAAAUGGCAUGCAUUUCACCCGGGUGGAUCACCGGUGCUAUUGAAGUAUGGUGGCGCGGACGCUACCCAAGCAAGUAACAACGCGCAUGGUCUUCUGAAGAAGCCAUUAAGCAUCAUGCCAAGAUAUUGCAUUGGCCGCCUGGGCACGGAGGAAGAAGUGCGGGCUGCCCAGGACCAGAAGGUGAGAACCCUGUUGGCAGCGAAUCCACCGACGCAGGCUGAGAAGCUCAGCCCGAUGGUGGUUCCUGGUGUGAGUCCGCAGGCCGAAGCAGAUCAGAAAGCGGAUCAGCAAGCGGAUCAGCAAGCAGAUCAGCAAGCAGAUCAGCAAGCCUCCAGCUAUGUAAAGGCGACCUAUACGCUGCUGCUCGAACGCAUGGCAGCAGACAGAGUAGCUGCCGAGAGGAUGAUGUCGAAAGCCAAGGCUGCGGUUGGGAAGGCUGCGGCGAGGAUGUCUGGCCGCGCUUCCCAAGGAGCGAAGCUGGAGAACAGCACAGAUGCUGAAGACUCAACACCCAGGCUAUCCCAAACGGCAUCAUCGCAGGGGAUAGAUGCAGAAGAUAAAGCCAAGAACGAGCAGGUUGCGGCAGACACGGCAAGGCAGAAGGCAGCUGAAAAGGCAGCCGAGAAGGCGGCAGCUGCGAAGAUAGCAGCCGAGAAAGCGGAGAAAGCAAAGGCAGAGAAGAAAGCUGCAGCGGAAAAGGCGGCAGCAGAGAAGGCUGCGAAGGCAGCAGCGAAGGCAGCAGAGAAGGCAGAGCAAAAGGCGGCUGAGGAGAAAGUAGCAGCGGACAAAGCGGCAGAAAAAGAAAAGGCCAAGGCUGAGAAGCUGGCGGCGGACAAGGCUGAAGCCAAGAAGGCCGCAAUAGAGAAAGCUGCAGCAAAAAAGACUGCAGAGAAGGCAGCGGACAAGGCACAGGCAAACGACUCAGAAGCAACAGCAAAGGCAAUUGAGGGAAAAGCAGCAGCAGAGAAAGCUUUGGCUGAGAUGAAGGCAGCCAAAGAGGCAGCCGAAAAGACGGCGGCUGAGUUGCAGGCAAAGGCUGAGCAGUUGCAACGCGAGAAGGAAGCAGCGCAAAAGGAAAAGAAGGCGGCCAAGAAGGCUGAAAGUGCAGGCAAAAAGCUUCUGAUCGUGUUCCAGUCGCCAGCAGGAGAGCAGAAAACAGUGACCUUCACUAAGCGGCCUUUGGGAGUCUCUUGCAGUAUGGACACGAUGCCCAUUGUCGUUGGAGAGCCCCCACGGGGAGCGGCUGCGGAAGCUGGCGUUUGUGAAGGCUGGAUCUUGUGCCAGGUGGGCACUGAUCCGUCCAACAUGCGGAAUUUUCCACGCUCGGCAGACGAGCCGUAUGCUCUUGUGCAGGAGACCUUCAAGUUCCUCGGGCAGCUCACGAAGGAUCUUCCGCAGGUGCCAUCUUGAUGUUCCUGAGCUCUGAGGCGUCCCAUGGAUGGCCACUUGGUAGGUCGGCGGGCGUGCCUGAGUACAGGCAUGUUUUCCAUCCCAGCUUGCCAUGCCGCGGCUUGUCAUGCUGCUACACAGUUUCAGCAGCCUUGUCCGGGCUCGGUGUCACACCAGAUUUUUCCCGACAAGCUGCCCGAAUUCAUCACUAGGUGGCGAAGAGGCUUUUGCAGGCUUCCUGUAGGCGGAUUUUCCUUCGGCUUGAAGAUUUGGUGCCAGCCAUAUGGCGAAGCCUGAGGGCUGCGCAGGCACUGAUGGCCCAGGUGCAAAAACAGCGCCUUGCAGCAACACAGCUGUCCAGCGAAUCGCUUCAGAUGUGGCUGCAACUAGGGGCUUUUUUGACCCGAAAACAUUCGUUGAUGAUUCUUGUUUGCCAACUCUACGCCAAAGUGCGCGACAUGUUUCAGCACUCCGAACUCCAAAGUCUGUUUAACACUUUCGUUUCACCCCUGCGCAUUCCACAGAAAUCAUGGAUCUCUGCACGCUCGUCAUGGAUCAA